AUGGAGAAGCUUUUAUCUUCAAUAGGAAGGCUAAGUGUUGUUGCAGGAGGGUUAAGUUUAAUUCCAUAUACUUUUAUAUAUGAUGUAGAUGGGGGAGAGAGGUGUGUUAUGUUCAAUCGUUUUGGAGGAGUAAGUGAAAAUACAUAUGGAGAAGGGAGUCAUUUUUACAUUCCUUGGUUUCAAACUCCAUAUAUAUAUGAUAUAAAAAUGAAACCGAAAGUAAUUAAUACGACAACAGGAACAAGAGAUUUACAGAUUGUUACCUUAAGUUUAAGACUAUUAUUUAGACCUCAUACAAAGCAUCUUCCAUAUUUGCAUAGUACUUUAGGGCCAGAUUAUGAUGAACGUGUUUUACCCUCAAUUGGAAAUGAAGUACUUAAGGCUGUUGUUGCAAAAUAUAAUGCAGAAUCCUUAUUAACUCAAAGAGAUAAAAUUUCUAAAGAAAUAAGAGAAAGUAUUACAGCAAGAGCUAAACAUUUUAAUAUAUUAUUAGACGAUGUAGCAAUUACUCAUUUAAGUUAUGGAAAAGAAUUUGCUAAAGCUAUUGAAGACAAACAAGUUGCACAGCAAGAAAGUGAAAGGGUAAAAUUUAUUGUUGCAAAAACAGAGCAAGAAAAAAUUGCUGCUGUUAUUAAAGCGCAAGGAGAAGCAGAAGCUGCUAAAUUAAUAUCCACAGCAGUUAAAGAAUAUGGGAAUAGUUUACUUGAAAUUAGAAAAUUGGAAGCAGCUAAAGAAAUAGCUGAAAAUUUGAGCAAAUCAAAAAAUGUUACUUAUUUUCCAUCAAAUUCAAACAUUUUGUUAAACCCAAAAAAUUUAUAG